GAGAAAUCCAGACACUUCGUAAGGAACUGUACAAAAAAACUUCUAGGGCCCCACUAACUUGCUCAACAGAAAGAGACCCAGAACUGCCAGAGCUCCAGGGAAGAUAAGUGAGUGGAAAGAGGUGGUUUUCAGAGCUGGCGGCCAGAGGGGUUGCCCGGGGGCGUGUGAGCUCCGCCCCUGCAGCCCAGCCCAGAAAGCCAGGCGACGGCUCCUCAGCCCCCUCUCUUCACGAUAUUUGGUGAGGAAUUCGGGGGCGGGCCGCCGGCCUGGCACAGACCCGCACACCCUCAGUAGACACCCUUGCCCCUCUCCCCCCCACCCAAGUCCUCCAGCCCCAGGAGGCCGGACAGACGGACGCGCUCACUCUCCGAAAGGAUCAGCUCCAGACAGACAAAAUGCAGUGGGCCUCCCUCCUGCUGCUGGCAGGGCUCUGCUCCGUCUCCCGGGCCCAGUAUGACGAAGACCCCCACUGGUGGUUCCACUACCUCCGCAGCCAGCAGUCCACCUACUACGACCCCUAUGACCCCUACCCUUAUGAGCCCUAUGAGCCUUACCCCUAUGGGGUGGAGGAAGGUCCGGCCUAUGCCUACGGCUCUCCGCCACCACCGGAGCCCCGUGACUGCCCCCAGGAAUGCGACUGCCCACCCAACUUCCCCACAGCCAUGUACUGUGACAACCGCAACCUCAAGUACCUGCCCUUCGUCCCCUCCCGCAUGAAGUAUGUCUACUUCCAGAACAACCAGAUCUCCUCCAUCCAGGAAGGCGUCUUCGACAACGCCACGGGGCUGCUCUGGAUUGCUCUCCAUGGCAACCAGAUCACCAGCGAUAAGGUGGGCAAAAAGAUCUUCUCCAAGCUGAGGCACCUGGAGAGGCUGUACCUGGACCACAACAACCUGACGCGCAUGCCUGGCCCACUGCCUCGGUCCCUGCGGGAGCUCCAUCUCGACCACAACCAGAUCGCGAAGGUGCCCAGCAAUGCUCUGGAGGGGCUGGACAACCUCACGGCCUUGUACCUCCAACACAAUGACAUCCAGGAAGUGGGCAGUGCGAUGAGGGGCCUCAGGUCACUGAUCUUGCUGGACCUGAGUUACAACCACCUCCGGAAGGUGCCAGAUGGGCUGCCCAUAGCCCUUGAGCAGCUGUACCUGGAGCACAACAACGUCUAUUCAGUCCCUGACAGCUACUUCCGGGGAUCGCCCAAGCUGCUGUAUGUGCGACUGUCCCACAAUAGCCUCACCAACAAUGGGCUGGCCUCCAACACCUUCAACUCCAGCAGCCUCCUUGAGCUUGACCUCUCCUAUAACCAGCUGCAGAAGAUCCCCCCAGUCAGCACCAACCUGGAGAACCUCUACCUCCAAGGGAAUAGGAUCAAUGAGUUCUCCAUCAGCAGCUUCUGCACGGUGGUGGACGUCAUGAACUUCUCCAAGCUGCAGGUGCUGCGCCUGGACGGGAACGAGAUCAAGCGCAGCGCAGUGCCGGCCGAUGCACCCCUCUGCCUGCGCCUUGCCAGCCUCAUCGAGAUCUGAGCAGCCUGGCACUGGGCAGGGGCGAGAGCCCCCGCCCCCACUGCAUCUGGCUUGACGGUUUGGUUUGGCUUUUGCUGGAAGGUCUGGGACAGGCCAUGUGACAGGACCCCAAGGCUCUCUCUGUAGUCGUCUUCCCUGGAGGCAGGCCAAGGCGGGGUCCGGGGACAGGCAGCCUUCUGCUGAUGGAUGCGGCUAACGCUCUCUUUCCAGGACAGGAGUGGUGGCAGAGGGAGCAGUCCCUGGAAGUCCCAACCCCAGAAAUCUCACUGUCCUCAAGUUCUUCCCGGUGAUCUGGUGUCAUGAAUGUAGGAGUUGCUGGGGCAACAGUACACAGCCAUACUCUCCCAACAACCCCUGACUCUGAGCAGCGCCUGGCAGCUCCCCACGGACGAGGCUGGUCAUGUGGUUACUGUGGGCUCCCACUCACUGCUCCUCAGAAUAUACCUCUUGCCCAACUGCGUCCUAAAUCCACCUCAUCCACUCAACCUUGAUCCACAGACACCUCUUCAGUGCCUUAGGCAGAGGCAGGGGAUGCCAAGGCAUGUGGGCAUGUGCCCAGUAGCCUGUGCAGAGAACUCACACUUGGGUCUGAGGCUGGAAGGAAACCGGGAGUCAGCUCUUUGCCUCCCUCUCUCCUUGAAAGCCACCAGACUUGAGGGUCACUGGUAUGAUGACAAUAUUCAGGGCCCGAUGUGAGAGGAGGCAACCAGCCUUGGGCUUAGAUAAAUCUAUGGUACUAUGUUUUAGCAGCUGAGCAGUUCUUUGAAGGUGGAUCAGACUUCAAAACAGGAAAGGCCAGACUCUGCUUGUCGUCAGCAUCCAUCACGGGGCAAACACACUCUGAUGGGCUGACCUGAGGAAGCAGCCUCACCCAGAGCUCUCUGCGUUCCCAGCAGCAUCCUACUUGGGUCUUUGCCCUCACAGGCAGAGGCCACAUGGGUCUCAAAGCAUGAGGAAGGUAGUUUAUUCUCCUCUUAUCUAAGCAGGAGGGUCUGCACCCUGAUGGGAGACACAGACCCCCACCGGCCCUGAACUAGCCUGCUCGUCCAAAGGAAGAGGCUGUGGUUCCUCUGGAUUAAUUGAUUUGUCCCAAGGCCACACAGUUAACAGUAAAAGCUCUGUCUGGAGAUACUCACUGGCUCCGUAAAGCCCAGGCUAAGCAACCAGUUUUUGCCUGUACUGAGCACGAAACUCUCUGCUUUCGCAUCUCUGAGCUAUACGCUCCUUUCUGAAUGCGCCUGCUGCUUUAUAGCUUGGCUGGAGAGCAAUUAAUUCUUUCCAUUUCUCAAAGGGAAUAUUGCCCAGGGCCCAACCCUGCUGCUUUUUUGGGCACUACUGGGAUGGACCCAUCUGGGCAGCCAGGGGCAGGGGCUGCUGAAGGAGAGCUAGCCCUAGUCUGGUCCCUGCCCAGAUGCCACUACAUCCCCAGUAUGGUGCUUGCUUUUUAGCAGCUUCCCUGAGCAGUGAAGGAGUGAGGUGGGGGGUGGGAUCCUUGGACUCCGCUCCUGCUCCAGACCCUGAAACCCACAAAAGCCAAACCAGCUCAUUGCAACAAAGGAGCUCUGAGGUGAGGGGCAAGGCUGCCCCCUGCCCCAGGGCUCUUCGGGAAGCAUCUGCAUGUGAACACCAUCAUGCCUCUAUAAAGGAUCUUUAUUACAGGAAGAGCAUGAGUGGUGGCUAACCUGACCAAUAAAGUUAUUUUAUGAUUGCA